AUGCAUCUUGAUUAUAUCAUUAAACUACCUGAUCAUGAUUUUGUUACAGCAUCUCGUCAUCAAUUAACUUCAAGUGUAUAUGCUGCAUGCUUGAUCAAUAAUGUUGGAGAUGUUGGUUAUUCAGGUUCAAUAUAUAUUGCUAUUCGUUCAACUAAACAUGAUAAAAGUAUAUCAGCUAAUCCUCGAGAUGAUUUUAAUCGUUUGGUCAAGUUACAAGAAUUUAAUACGGCUGGUCUUGAUUCUUCAAAUAAAGUUAAAUCUAUUGUUAUUAUUACCGUCGAUGGUGGACCAGAUGAAAAUCCUCGUUUUCCAAAAACACUUGCUUCAUCAAUUGAUAUAUUCAAAACCGAGGUGUGGGUGUGGGUGUUGGAGGAAACAUCAAAUUUGUCGAAUACAAAUAAUGUCGAUUGA